AUGGCUCCCGUUCACUCUCCACCGCCGACGAAAUUUGCGAAGCUCUCCUUUCCCGCCCCAAGGGUGGUUCUAGUCACGAUGUCGCGACCUGAGAAAUUGAAUUGCAUUUCUGCGGCGGAUGUUGUCGAGAUGACUAGCGUCUUUCGCUGGUUUGACGACGAACCCUCUCUCUCGGUCGCCGUUCUUACUGGUGCUGGGCAAAAGGCAUUUUCGACCGGCGCCGAUUUGAAGGAAUGGCAAGAAAAAGCAUCUGCUGCAGGUGGAAAGCCUGGUGCGGGUCCCGGCGACGUCCCUGGAGCCGUUCCAUUGUCCAACCGUGUGGGGAAGAAGCCAGUGAUCGCCGCUGUCAAUGGAAUGGCUCUAGGAGGAGGUUGUGAAACUAUCAUGAAUUGCGAUCUGGUAGUCGCAGCCGAUACUGCUGUAUUUGGAUUGGUAGAGGUGAAGCGAGGCGUUGCACCAUACGCUGGUGUUCUUCCACGGCUGAUACGGACUCUUGGCUUGCAGAGAGCAAGCGAAAUGGCUUUGACAGGGAAUUACUUCUCUGCCCAGAAAGCAAUGGAAUGGGGUUUCGUUAACAAGGUUGUUCCACAAGAGGAUGUCGUUAAUGAGGCAGUGCGGUAUGCCAAAGUUAUCGCUGAAAAUAGUCCGGAUUCCAUUAUCUGUACAAGAGCUGGGAGAAACGAAUGGGCUGAACUGCAGAAGGGAGAGAAUAUUCUCGAAGGCCUGAAGGCGUUCAAAGAGAGAAGGCCACCUGUAUGGUCACCCUCAAAGUUGUAG